GCGAGGUGGAGCGGAAGCCUGGGCGGACGCGCCUGGUUUGUGCCGGGUUGGGACCCGGAGCGGCAGUCGAGAGGGGACUACGAGCAGCGCUGCGUUGCUACAGUGCCCAACUGCAGCACAGCUUCAACCAGCUGGCCCAGGAGUUCAAGGGGAAAACAGAACACCUUUAUGACUGGUUGCCUUGCAAGUAAUGUGGCAAACAUUGCUUGAUAAAGGCACAACACGGUGACCGAAACGUUGCAAUAUUUCAAAACUGGAUAAACCGACAAAUAACUCAUGGACCAAGGUCCGCGAGGCGAGGGCGAAUUACCUCACGUAUUAAGAUCCACCUAGAACGUACAGAGAACCCCCCCCCCCAAGUGUUAGAGCCUGCUAUAGUCAGUCACUAACACUUUCCCUCUCCCUCUCUCCAGUGUCGUCCUGGGUCAGGGGGCGGGAGCGGCACAGCCUCCCAAAGCCAGCAGGCUUGUCGAAGCCAUCAUGCUGGAGUUGUGCCGCGUACACCGCCACGAGGGCAAGACGCUCGCCGGGGUCCGCAUCAACCGCUGGGGUGCCGUCAUGAGGGACUACAAACAGAUCCAGGACAACGUGGUCAACUGACCUGCCCUCAUGGCGAGCACCCGGAUCCAGCUGUUUGAUGUUAAUCAGCAGAUCCUGUCGAUGUGGCACAACCAGAGGAGCAAGGCGAUGAUGUGGGACACCAUUACCAUUGCAGUCCCAGGGCCCAGCGCUCCCCAGACUGCAGCGGAGCGCCUGCCUGCCCCGCGGACUCUGCUGCAGCAGCCCCAACAGCCAGACCACCCCCUCCAGCACCGCCUGCCCGCAGACACCUCUGGUCUGGCCCCUGAGCUGUACGACGUCAUCGCCGCCCUCCAAAGUGCCACAUCCUCCUCCUCCGCAAUGGACACCAUCUCGUCCACCAGUGGCACGCCGGCUCCCUCGACCAGUACCGCUGCAGCCACCGUUCCACCCAUCGCUGGAGCCAUCCCCCGCUCUACUGCCUGGAGGCACAAGAUCCAGGCAGAGCAGGAGCGUCGUGCUCGGGAGGAAUGGCUCCUCCUCAAGCCCUUCAAAAAGGUCUCCCGAUUUCAAUGUAGGCGCUGUGGCCAGCCUAAGACCAGGGAGUACGGCCACAGCCGCUACAAACGGGAGACCUUUUGCGCCAGGGCCGACGGGGCAACAGUGGAGCAGUGGCUCCAAGAACUAAAGCGGCGAGAACACGAGGGGCCACUCCCACCACCCUGA